AAAAAUUGAACAUGAUGAGGGUGUGUAACUCGCAGACAAAAAUACAUCCAGCGUUGCCCAGGAUCUGUUUUUAGCUCUUAACGGCCGAGCAUUUGAAGUGUUCCGUUGUUUCCUGCCUCCCCAUGGGCAGAAAGCAGAGAGAGUUUGCGGAUUUGUGUAUCAGCCCCGACUUUGAGAAACUUUUUCUACUAAUGAGAAGAGGCUGAGAAACCCUGGCCACAUCCAGAGUUUUGGCAAAGGAUCAUUUCCUGGACUCCCUCCCCAUACUUGUUGGCCAUGCUGCCUUGUUCCCGGACCCUGUGAAGCCUUCUAUUAAUCUCCCUCAGAGCACAGACUAGACUUGAGAGAUACUCAGAUGAAGUGUGGUUCACGUCAAGUUGCAAGACUCUGAUUAAGGAUAAAAUGGGGAACUCUGAGAGUCAGUACACUCUUCAAGGAUCAAAAAAUCACAGCAAUACUAUUACUGGCGCCAAGCAAAAGCCCUGCUCCCUGAAAAUCCGCAGCAUUCAUGCAAAAGAGGACAAGUCACUGCACGGGCGGGGGCACUGUGGCGGCGGCGGGUACAAGUCCAGGUCCCUGGCCCGAAGCUGCUUGUCUCACUGCAAGAGUAACCAGCCUUACGCCUCGAGACCGGGCGGACCCACGUGCAAGGGCCCCAAAAGCAGCGCGUACGCCAAGCACAGGCCGAAUGCCUCGGGCAGCGACUACUUCUCCCCGGAGAACGGCUUCCACUACGUGGGGCACGAGCGGGCGCAGGAGCACGCGGCCUCCAGGGACUGCAAUGGGCACCUUCUCAACUGCUACGGUACCAACGAGAGCGUCGCAGCCACGCCGCCGCCACCGGGCGAGGACCGCAAGAGCCCCAGGGUGCUCAUCAAGACGCUGGGGAAGCUGGACGGCUGCCUGCGGGUCGAGUUCCACAACGGCGGCGGCCCGGGGGACGCGGAGCCCCCGGGGGACGCGGGCGGCCCGGUGCGGCUGCUGCGCUACUCCCCUCAAAGAGCAGAGCCGAAGUCCAAGGAAGGCAGUGACUACUUUGACAGCCGCUCAGAUGGACUGAAUGCAGAUGUGCAGGGGCCUUUCCAGAUGUCUGCUUCACUGUGGUCAGGGGGCUCGGCUCAGAUCCUGUCCCAGAGAAGCGAAUCCGCUCAUGCAAUUGGCAGUGAUCCCCUCCAGCAGAACAUUUAUGAGAAUUUCAUGCGGGAGUUGGAAAUGAGCAGGACCAACACAGAGAAUGUAGAAACGUCCACAGAAACUGCUGACUCCAGCAGUGGGUCACUCAGCUCUUUGGAGCAGCUUGAUCUGCUCUUUGAGAAGGAGCAAGGGGUGGUCCGGAAAGCAGGCUGGCUGUUCUUCAAACCCCUGGUCACUUUGCAGAAGGAAAGGAAGCUUGAACUGGUGGCUCGGAGGAAGUGGAAACAAUACUGGGUAACACUGAAAGGAUGCACCCUGCUGUUCUACGAGACAUACGGGAAGAAUUGCACAGAUCAGAGCAGUGCCCCCCGGUGUGCCUUGUUUGCAGAAGACAGCAUAGUGCAGUCCGUCCCAGAGCAUCCCAAGAAGGAAAACGUGUUCUGCCUCAGCAACUCCUUUGGAGAUGUCUACCUUUUCCAGGCCACUAGCCAGACAGAUCUGGAAAAUUGGGUCACCGCCAUACAUUCAGCUUGCGCAUCCCUUUUUGCAAAGAAACAUGGAAAAGAGGACACGGUUCGGCUGCUGAAGAACCAGACCAAAAACCUUGUUCAGAAGAUAGAUAUGGACAGCAAGAUGAAGAAGAUGGCAGAGUUGCAGCUGUCCGUGGUGAGCGACCCGAAGAACCGGAAAGCCAUAGAAAACCAGAUCCAGCAAUGGGAGCAGAAUCUGGAGAAGUUUCACAUGGAUCUCUUCAGGAUGCGCUGCUAUCUGGCCAGCCUGCAAGGCGGGGAGUUGCCCAACCCCAAGAGCUUCCUGGCUGCCGCCAGCCGCCCCUCCAAGCUGGCCCUCGGCAGGCUGGGCGUCUUGUCGGUUUCCUCCUUCCACGCUCUGGUCUGUUCUAGAGAUGACUCUGCUCUCCGGAAAAGAACGCUCUCCCUGACUCAGCGAGCAAGAAACAAGAAGGGCAUAUUUUCUUCAUUGAAAGGACUGGACACGCUGGCGAGAAAAGGGAAGGAGAAAAGACCUUCCAUAACUCAGGCGAGUUCCUCGGUCGAUGAACUUCUGCAUAUAUAUGGUUCAACAGCGGAUGGUGUUCCCCGAGACAGCACGUGGGAAACCCAGACCUACGUUCAUUUUCAGAAUAACCAAGGAGUUACUGUAACGAUCAAGCCGGAACAUAGAGUAGAAGAUAUUUUGACGUUGGCGUGCAAGAUGAGGCAGCUGGAGCCCGGCCACUACGGCCUGCAGCUUCGGAAGUUAGUGGGCGAGGGCCCCGAGUGCUGGGUGCCUGCGCCGGACGAGUACAUGCAGGAACAGGUUUAUGACGAAAUAGAAAUCUUUCCACUCACCGUCUAUGAUGUGCAGCUCACGAAGACGAGCAGCGCCUCUGACUUCGGGUUUGCAGUGACAGCGCAGGUGGACGAGCACCAGCAUCUCAGCCGAAUAUUUAUAAGUGACGUUCUCCCCGACGGCGUGGCAUAUGGAGAAGGAUUGAGAAAGGGCAAUGAAAUCAUGACCUUAAAUGGGGAAGCUGUGUCCGAUCUGGACCUUAAGCAGAUGGAGGGCCUGUUUUCUGAGAAGAGCGUUGGGCUCACUCUCGUUGCCCGGCCGCCAGGUGCCAAAGGAAACCCGUGUUCUUCGUGGUCGGACAGUGACCUGUUCUCAAAGGACCAGAAGAGUCUGCUGCCCCCUCCAAACCAGCCCCAGCUUCUGGAAGAGUUCCUGGAUAAUUUAAAAAAAAAUACAACCAAUGAUUUCAGCAACGUCCCUGAUGUCACAACUGGCCUGAAAAGGAGUCAGACUGAUGGUGCCCUGGCCCAGGUUCCCCACGGGGAGAAAACGGCCCAGACGUUCGGGAGUGCUGAGCAGAUCCCCGCGCUGUGUAGGAGUUUCCACGACCCGCAGACCAACGGCAUGGAUGGGCCGCGGGCCCCUCGAGACCCGCCUCCGAGGCCGCUGGCUCGCCACCUCUCCGACGCCGAUCGCCUCCGGAAAGUCAUCCAGGAGCUGAUGGACACCGAGAAGUCCUACGUGAAGGAUCUGAGCUGCCUCUUUGAAUUAUAUCUGGAGCCACUUCAGAAUGAGACCUUUCUUACCCAAGAUGAGAUGGAGUCACUGUUUGGAAGUUUGCCAGAGAUGCUGGAAUUUCAGAAGGUGUUCCUGGAGACUCUGGAGGACGGGAUCUCAGCAGCUUCUGACUUCAACAUCCUUGAGACGCCCUCGCAGUUCAGAAAAUUACUGUUUUCCCUUGGAGGCUCUUUCCUUUAUUACGCGGACCAUUUUAAACUGUACAGCGGAUUCUGUGCUAAUCAUAUCAAAGUACAGAAGGUUCUAGAGCGAGCUAAAACUGAUAAAGCCUUCAAGGCUUUUCUGGACACCCGGAACCCCACCAAACAGCACUCCUCCACCCUUGAGUCCUACCUCAUCAAGCCGGUCCAGAGAGUCCUCAAGUACCCUCUGCUGCUCAGGGAGCUCGUGUCGCUGACGGACCACGAGAGCGAGGAGCACUACCACCUGACAGAGGCUCUAAAGGCAAUGGAAAAAGUAGCAAGCCACAUCAAUGAGAUGCAGAAGGUCUAUGAGGAUUACGGGACCGUGUUCGACCAGCUGGUGGCGGAGCAGAGUGGGACAGAGAAGGAGGUCACAGAACUUUCCAUGGGGGAGCUUCUGAUGCACUCUGCAGUUUCCUGGCUGAAUCCGUUUCUGUCUCUAGGAAAAGCCAGAAAGGACCUUGAGCUCACGGUGUUUGUUUUUAAGAGAGCAGUCAUACUGGUUUAUAAAGAACACUGCAAACUGAAGAAGAAACAGCCCUCCAACUCCCGGCCUGCGCAUGGCUCUGGCGACCUGGAUCCAUUUAAAUUCCGCUGGCUGAUCCCCAUCUCGGCGCUUCAGGUCCGGCUGGGGAACAGCGCAGGCACAGAAAAUAAUUCCGUGUGGGAGCUGAUCCAUACGAAGUCAGAACUGGAAGGCCGGCCGGAAACUGUCUUUCAGCUGUGCUGCAGUGACAGUGAAAGCAAAACCAGCAUGGUCAAGGUCAUUCGGUCUAUUCUGAGGGAGAACUUCAGGCGUCACAUAAAGUGUGACUUACCCCUGGACAGAACCUGUAAGGACCGCCCGGUGCCUCUUAAGAACCGAGUUCCUGUUUCAGCCAAGUUAGCGUCCUCCAGGUCCUUGAAGGUCCUCAAGAACUCGUCGAGCUGCGAGUGGCCCGGCGAGCCCAGCAAGGGCAGCUCCCUGGACUCGGACGAGGGCAGCCUGAGCAGCGGCACGCACAGCGGCGGCUGCCCCCCGGCCGGGGGGGCACAGGACUCCCCAAGACACCCGCCCGCGGGCCUCUCCCCCGGUCUCAUCAAAGAGAGCGACAUUCUGAGCGACGAGGACGACGACUACCAUCAGACCCCGAGGCGGGGCAGCCCUACCAAAGACAUUGAACUUCAGUUCCAGAGACUGAGAAUCUCGGACGACGGGAGCCCGGCCGGGCGGCGGCCCCAAGGCGAGCAGCCCAGGCUGGUCCGGGGCCACUUCUGCGCCAUCAAACGAAAAGCCAACAGCACGAAACGGGACCGGGGAACUCUGCUCAAGGCGCAGAUCCGUCACCAGUCCCUCGACAGUCCCUCGGAAAAUGCCAACCUCGAUCUGAGCUCCAUUCUGCAGCGAGAGUUCAGCGUCCAGAGUUUAACGUCCGUGGUCAACGAGGAGUGUUUUUACGAAGCGGGCAGCCACGGAGGGUCGUAGAACGCUUCCGCCCCACGUGGGUCAGAUGGCUCCUCUGACGUCCAGCCUGGGGGUCAAGGGGCAACUGCAGAAAAACUACUCAUUACUGGGCUUUGUGCAGCAUACAUUUUCCCACGAAAUAGCUGUAAAGAUUUAAGUUAUUUUAAUUUAUUGUAGAUCAGAAACCUAGAUUAAAGCGACCAGAAUCUGUAAGAAUCUGUAAAUUACUUAGUUUAUAUCCCUUUUGAGCAGGUAUCAAAAUGACUUCGGAUCCUUAAAAUCGCAGUCUAUUUUAAUUUAUGUGGGAAGAGAUGGGGGGUUGUGAUUAAUAGUUUUUAAAAGGUCAUUUUUCCCCCCAGUCCUCUGGGCAUUUUCUUCGAGCUGUUAGUUUCUGCUUUAUUUAAAGCAUAUUUAUUUUCACGUGGGUGAGGGGCACAAUGUGCAGACAUUUCAUUUUUGUAAGGUUGUAAUAGAUACGGUUUAUACUGAACAUGUCUGAUCUAUGCAGUAUAUAUAUUAAAAAGAAAGCUUGUACUGUAUGUUAUUUGAUUAUUUUCUCUACCAAGUUGUACAGUAAAAGGGAAGUAAGUCGCAUCUGGAAAUCGUAUGUUUACUGUCCGUCCAUAGACCGCAGAGCACACACCUGAGCAGCCCAGCAUUGUGAAAACCAGCUUCCGGAAAGCCACUCACCGCCGAAGCAGCCGCUACCGUCUGGACCGCUCCGGGUCUUUCUCUUUUUCCUGAUUGUUGCUUUUAUUUUGCUUGAGUUCUUCUCUGAAAUUGUAAGUAAAGAGGCGUGGGUCUUCAUCGCACAUCUUCCGGUACACGUCACAGAGGCUCUUGAAGUGGGCGACAGAGAGCUGGCCGGGCCGAAGGGUAGGGUCCACGUCCGCCAACUCCAGCAGUUUCUCAGUGCUCUCCACGCGCUGAGCUUCAGGGAAUAACAUUCUGAGAAGAGAAAACAGUCGGACGUUUACUUGGGGAACUCUGCAAGUCACGACGCCUCCUUCUCCCCUGUGAACAUGACAUCGUUUGGACAGCGGACCAGCGGAGGGAGCGGAAGAGACGGGCGGGCGCGCUGGGGGCCCCGAGCCGCCGCGGAAGCUCUCGGCCUCGCCAGCAGGCACGAGGGACGCCGAGGGCAGAGCUCCUCUGUCCUGUGGCCGCCGAGAAGGGAUUUCCCAAAGCUCCGGCAGUACAAGUACCAUUUAACGUCUGAUCGGUCGCAUUCUUAGAUGUUUGAUUUGCCUCAUUUUGUUUAGUUUGCCAUGUAUUUUAAUACAAACCUUGUCUAA